UCUCACACACACACGCUCCUUCCUGCUUUGUCAGGAAAGUUCAUGUGUGUGUUCGUCAUCGAUAACACGGGUGUGUUUCGAGUGUAGAAUGAGAAUGAACAGAUACAACGCGAGGUAGCGGGAGUGGAAGCGAGUUCCGCAGAAUAAAAUGACAGAACCCGAGGCAUCGUUUCACAGCGGAGGUCAUGACGUGGAGCAGUUUGUAGAUCCACCAGACUAUGAUCUCAUCUGCGCCAUAUGCCAGGGGGUCCUCAGGUGUCCAGUGAGGGCGACCUGCCACCACAUAUUUUGCAAAAAAUGUCUCCUACAAUGGCUCAAAAGGCAGAAGACCUGCCCUUGCUGCAGGAAGCAUAUCAACCCGAAUUUCAUCUUUGUUAUGUUCAAACUCAGCAAAGCAAUCGGCCGCUUGAAGAUAAAGUGUAAGAAUGAGAUCCGUGGUUGCACAGAGAUCUUCCCCCUCUCAGAACAGUCCUGCCACAGGCUCAGUUGCCUCCACGAGCUCAUCCCAUGCCCACACCAAGGCUGCCGUGUCCAACUUCUGCGCCGGGACCUGGACACACACUCGCAACACUGUGAACACUGGUGCCAGCCCUGUCCCAUGGGCUGUGGCACCAUACUGUCCCACAACAACAAAGCUCAACACAACUGCUACAAACAGCUGAGGCAGGAGUAUGAAGCAAGACAGAAGAGCCAAAGAGCCAUAGCCCACACACUGCAGAGGAAAAUGAAGAGGAUGCAGAGGACCAUGGUUCACAUGAAAAGGCAGAUCGGUCUGAUCUGUGAGAGUCUGGAUCUGAUGGAAGAAGACGAAUUAGGGGAGGACAGUGGUAGCUCUGCAAGGACUCUCUCAAGCAACAGCAGUUCUUGAUGGAAGAGCGACUGGAUGCAGCUGUGUGUAAUCUCUGUAUAACCUCAAUUAUAUUUAAGUAUGUGUGUAGUUUUGCCAUGACUGGAGUGAACUCGUAACAAUUUCCUGAUGUUAUCUUAAACUGUUAUAAUAAACCAAUGUUUUGACAUCGAC